GUGGAGGUGCUGGGAGCAGCUGCUUUUGGCAGAGGGGAGGGUCAGGUGUGGUCAGAGGAGCUUCAGUGUAGAGGCAAUGAAGCUGAGAUUUACUUCUGUCCAACAUCAUCUUCACUCAAACACAGCUGUACUCAUGGCAGUGAUGUGGGACUGGUGUGCACUGGUCACACUCAGGCUCGGCUGGUGAGUGGCUCUGACUCCUGUUCUGGUCGAGCCGAGCUCCAGUACCUCAGUGAGUGGGGCACAGUGUGUGAUGUAAGCUGGAAUAUGAAAGCUGCCAGUGUCCUCUGUGGUCAGCUGAAGUGUGGGAGUGCUGUGGCUGUGUUGGGGUCAGACUGGUUUGGGGAGGGGAGUGGCCAGAUCUGGGCCGAUGUGUUUGAUUGUCAGGGGAACGAAACACACCUGUCAAAAUGUCCCAUUUCAUCAUGGAGUCGAGCUGCAUGCUCUCAUAAACAGGAUGCUGGUGUCAUCUGCAGUGGUUCCUCUCUGGUGUUUCAUGAGGGGCGAGUGCGGUUGUCUGGAGGGAUGGAGUGUGAGGGGGAGGUGGAGGUUUACUUCAUGCAGGACUGGAGGAGAGUUCUGCUGGACUCCUGGAGUGAGUCUGAGGCCUCUGUGGUCUGCAGACAGCUGGGCUGUGGCUCUGUGUUCAGCUUCUCCAGCUCCUCUACAUCCAGUCCUGAACACAGACACAUGUGUCUGACGGGUUUCAGUUGCUCUGGGAAUGAAGCUCAUCUGGGGAACUGUAGUAGUGCGGAAGUUAUGGAGAAGUCCUGCAGUUCCGGAAAACAGCUCUCAAUCACCUGCUCUGCUCACAGCUCCAUCAGGCUGGUUGGUUCUGGGGGAGACUGUGCAGGAAGACUGGAGGUUUUCCACAGUGGCUCAUGGGGAACAGUGAGUGAUGACUUGUGGGAUAUUAAGGACGCGCAGGUGGUUUGCAGACAGCUGCAAUGUGGAGUGGCACUUAGUGAUCCCAUACCAGCUCAGUUUGGACCUGGAACUGGACCCAUAUGGCUGAAUGAGGUGGAGUGUGAGGGGAACGAGGCAUCCCUGUGGAACUGCAGACUUCAGCUGUGUGAAGAGGAUGAAUGUGGAAACAAGAACCAUGUAGGAGUCGUGUGUUCAGAGUUUAAAGAGUUCAGACUCACUGAGGGCUGUGAGGGGAAUCUAGAAGUGUUCUACAAUGGAACCUGGGGCAAUGUGUGUGUAAAUGGGAUGGAUGAAGAAACAGUAAGUCUCGUCUGUCAAGAGCUGAACUGUGGAAGAUCUGGCAGUGAGAGGGCUACCAAAGCAAGAGUGGAAUCAGCUCCUAACUGGCUGGACAAUCUGAAAUGUAGGAAACAUGACUCCACUCUGUGGCAUUGUCCAUCUUCACCCUGGAGACAGAAUAACUGUUAUAAUCGCCAUGAAGUGGCUAAAAUUACCUGCUCAGAGGUGGAAAAUCAUCUUGUGCAGCGAAGUCAUCUGAAAUGCUCUUUAUCUCUCCAUCAAAGACGGUGCUUAAAUCACCUGCCUCUCAGGUUGAGAGGAGGGGAAGGAAGCUGCUCUGGGGGGUUGGAGGUGUAUCACAACUCUAUGUGGGGGUCUGUCUGUGAUAAUGAUUGGGACAUCAGGGAUGCUCAGGUGGUCUGCAGGCAGCUGGGCUGUGGGCCGGCGCUGAGUGCUGAUGGGAGUGCUGACUUUGGUGCUGGUAAAGGGCCUAUCUGGCUGAACAGAGUGAAGUGUACAGGGAAUGAGAUUCACCUGUGGGACUGUCCUCAUUCCCUGAAGAACCACACUGACUGCUCCCACAGGCAGGAUGCUGGAGUCACCUGUACAGGUCAGAGGAGUCUGCUGGACUUUGAAGAUGUGUCUGAUGCUUCUGUUACUUCAUCUACUGACUACUGUCUGACAACACUGACUACUACAUACAGUGGGGGAAAUGCAGUUAUUCACACCUUUCUACUGCAGAUAUUAGUUCUUCCACCUGUGUUAAUUACAAUCAGCUGACUUACAUGUUAGUAAGUUAGUACUUCCACCCUUUGAACAAGGGGUAAUCACCUCUGAAUGAUAGUGAACACCAACCUGUCACACAAGAAACAUCAAAUAAUGGUGUAACCCAUUUAAACUUUGGUUACUAGGAAGCUCAAAUAAUAAA